CUUUUGCCGGCUACGACGACGACGAUGGCAGUCAACUACCGUUGUUUGCGCAGAACGAUGACAAAUAAGUAAUGAUAACCGGCGGCCGUGCACUGUAAUAGAUCGAAGGCAAUAAGCGAUCGUUUCAUUCGAGUGGUCGGAGAGCCGCCGCCGCCGCCGCCACUGAAAAAUCGUCCGCGUGCACCGCGUAACCCGGAGGGUAGGGUUACUCUCUCGGCGACCGCCGCACAGGACGAACGACAGACGAGGCCAUCAUGGAGUGUUUCGUGACGGCCCUGUAUUCCGUGUCGCUGUCCAUGUCCGCGUUCUUCCAGAACAACCUGUUGCUGCGGAAGGCGUGCAACUCGUCCGUGCCGUUCGGCGAGUGCACCGAAGGCGAGGCGCACGCCCAGCACGUCGUGUCCACCAUAUACUCGUGGAAAGCGGCCAUACAGUACACCAUUCCGGUCGUGAUAAUCAUACUCGCGGGUCCAUGGAGUGACAGUCAUGGCAGACGUCGGAGACCAUUGAUUUUAAUACCACUUAUAGGUCAAGUCAUAACUGAUAGUUUAUGCAUUUUAAAUGUUUUUUUUUGGAACUGGUCUCCACAAAUCGCUGCGCUUUUUGAAGCCAUAACACCAGGGUUAUUUGGUUCCCGAAAUAUGUUCUGGGUAGGUUUAAUAUCCUAUAUAUCAGAUAAUUGUACUAAUGAAUCCAGAACAUUAAAAUACGGAAUCAUAAAUGCAAUUUACACUAUAAGUACUUUAAUUGGGACAGGACUGGCUGGGUUUUUAAACGUUGGUCUAGGAUUUUAUGGUGCAUUUUUAGUACCUAUUUCGUUAAAUUUAACCGCUUUUGCGGUUGGUUUAAUAUUUAUUAAAGACACUUCUAUGCCUUACGACAAAAAUGUUGUUUGGCUGAAACCAAAAUAUUUUAUGCAAAAUUAUUUGAAUGUAUUUAAAGGAAGCAGUAAAAAUUAUUCAAUUACGUUAGCAGCAUUACUAAUGUGUCAGGCUGUUUUAGUGGGAAGAAUUGGAGGUGAGUAUGCUGUCUCAUAUUUAUUUAUGAGAUUUAAAUUUAAAUGGUAUGAAGUGGAAUACAGUUAUUUUGCUGCUUAUAAAAUGUUGACGAUAUUUUUUGGUACAUUGUUUUCUGUUACUGUUUUGAGCCACCGUCUGAAAAUAAAUGAUGCAAUUAUAGGUUAUAUUGCAUGCACAUUUGAUAUUCUUGCAGCAGUGUGUUACGUUUUUGCCAACGAACCUUGGCAACUAUACAUCAUUCCAUUAAUUGACUUUUUCCAUGGUACUGCACUCACUAUUUCUACUUCAUUGACAUCUAAAAUCGUAGAAAACGAAAAACUUGGUCGAUUAAAUUCUGUCCAAGGAUUAAUGAGCACAUUCAUGUCAUUCAUUUUAGUUUCAUUAUACAGUGCAACGUAUAACUUAACAUUUGAAUACUUACCUGGUGCUGUGUUUUUGUUAAACAUAAUCUUAACUUUUCCUUUAUUAAUAAUAUUUAUGAUUAUUUACUGUAAAUGUAAACACAUGUGGACAGCAAAAGAAAUAACUCAGAGUUAAUUAAGACGAUUUAGGUAUAGUUUUAAAAUAGUAAUUGUAAGAAAAGGAAAGACAGUGUACAUUGUAUAACGUAAUAUCAUUAUCGUUUAUGUAAAUGAUAUUUUAAUUUUUAAUUAUAGUUAGUUAUUUUUAUAAAGUAUUAUUUUAUGUAUUUCAUAUUGUAUUAAUAUACAUCAGUAUAAAUAAAAACUUAAUGUUCCAUAAA